GAGGUGGUGGUGGUGGAUGUGGUGGUGGUGCGGUGCCGAGGUGCGCCUGUUCGGCGAAUGUUUCUCUCGGGCGGUCGUUGCUAUGUAGUACCGGCGUAAAUGAAGCGGCGGCGUAUAGCGCGCUCGCGUGCUAAGGGGGUACCGCCUGCGGGGGCGAUGAGAAUGGCGCGCAAAUGUUGCGUGCCCAACUGCGAGAUCGACGUUCAGGAGGCACGUACCAAGGGUUUGCCGCUUCAUAAAUUUCCGAAGGACACUGUACUUAGAGGCAGGUGGUUGACGAGCGGUGGUUUCGAGACGAGCUUCAAGCCGACGCCCGGUCAAGUCGUCUGCCACAGACAUUUUAAACGUGCCGACUACGAAGCCGCCAACAAAACUAACAAGCUAGCGUUGAAGAAAGGCAGCGUUCCCUCGGUCUUUGCGGACUAUGACAACCAUCCAGAUCCAGUAAUCAUGUCAGUAAAGACCUCUACUUCUUACGCGCAAGAAGAUCUGGAUUUAAUUAAUGCGGAAAUUCUAAACAUGAGACAUUCUCCUUUGAUAUCCGAAGAUAGAACUCCCAAGUCGGACAGUUGCGGCGAAACCUGUUAUUCCAGACCAGAAUCAUCCGCCGAUUCAGUUAAUUUAUUAGAGACGUCCGAUUUAAUGGAGCAGAGGUGCAAGCUAUCUACGGGAAAGGAUUCGAGUAUUAUGAAAGAAGAAACUCUCGACGACACGGAAAUAAAAGUAAAUAGUAUGGCGAUUCAAUUGGGUAUAGUCGAACCUGAAAUAGCGAUGCAACACGUUUCCAAAGAUUUAAUCCUCAAAACUGAAUUAAAUGGUUUUAAGGAAGUAAAUGAGAAAGAAUUCGACAAAGUAAACGAUUUGAAAACCAAAAUGUUAAAUCGUGACAGUUUGAAAUUCUUCCCUGGUGCCAAAUUGGAAGCAAAGGACUUCAAUGAAAAGUGGUAUUCUGCUAAAGUAGUGGAAACAGAUUGGGUAGAGAGAGAAGUAUUGAUACAUUUUGAUAAGUGGAGUGCAAGAUUUGACGAGUGGAUACCAAUGGAUAGUUCCAGAUUACGAGUAUUACAAACAGAAACAAACGAGCAAACUUGGGUGCUGCCAUCUCCGGAGGCGAACAUGAGAGAGUUCUCGGUGGGAGAAAGGAUCCUAGCUACGUGGGCGGAUGGCAGAAAAUAUCCCGCUAAAGUAAACGCCGUCUUAGGGAAUGACAGGUAUGAUGUGCUCUUUGAUGAUGGAUAUGCAAAGAUUGUCAGGUCCUCGAAGAUGACUAAAAUUGCCACUCCGCCCGAAACGCAACCAGUUCAAGAAGACGGAUAUAUAGGAAGUAAACAAGAGAGAAGGGACAAAAAAAGAAAGCAUACCGUUAUGGAGCUUUUCCAUACUCAUUCUAGGAAACGUUCCAAAAAUGAAGGUGAUAAAAUAGUAAAGAAAGAAGAAUCCAUUGUUCGAAACAAUGUAGAAAGUUUCCCGGAACCUAAGAUUGAUUUGGAUGGCACUUUAUUUGGGCCUUGCUAUGAUCCUGGUACUGAUUUGUUAAAAGGAUUCAAUACAAACGUGCCUAAAACCAAACCGUUACCGAAGAAAGCCAAAAAAGAAAUGCAUAAAUCUGAUACAGAGCAAGAAGAAUAUGUCGGUCCAGCAUGGAUUGAUGGUGAACCGCAAGGAAUUGAAUCUUACAUUGUAGAUGGAAACGAUGGGCCACGUCGUUCUAUUAUUGUACCUGAUAAAAGAUUACCUCCAGGCUGGCAGAAGCACUUCACUCAAAGAAAAGCUGGAACGUCCGCGGGAAAAUGGGAUGUUUUAUUUAUACACAAAUCUAGCGGAAAGAAAUUUAGGUCAAGGAACGAUAUCAGGGCGUUUAUGGAAAGCCAAGGCCAGUUCGACUUUGAUCCAGAGAAAUUCGAUUUCUGUAUACACCGUAAAAAAAAGAAUCAUGGGCAAAAGUUAAAACAAGAUGUUCCUACACCAGAAAUACCAAAGAAGAUAAAAACGUUGUUGCCUAAAGUAAAAACACCAACUUCUAAUGAAAAUACAUUACUUAUGUCAGUUAACACGCCAGUUAAUACACCAGUUACAUCCGCAGGAACUACUGGAACUCCUGUUAAUAACGGCGGAAAGAUUUUUUCAGCUGUUUUCAUCGGCGGGCUUCGAGUGGAGAUGGAAGAUAGUGCUUACAAAUGUCCUAAACAAGGAUGUAAUAAAACUUUUCGAAAAGAAAAUCUUUUGCAAAUGCACAUAAAGCAUUAUCAUCCUGAAUAUUCGAAAUUUUUGGGAUCCACACCAAAUGUUGCAGAUUUGGCAUAUGCAAGAACGAUCGGGGAGUCUAUUGACGACAUUAUUCCAAAGAAAUCGACUCCUUUAAUGGAAAAGAUUCAUAAAUUUGGGAAGAAGAAGACUCCUCAAGAAAAAUCACCAGUACCCACGUCGCAGUCAGGAUUAAAUUUUGUACAGCCUUCUUCUCCAUCCGUAUCGUUAACAACGUUCGAUGAACGAGAAGACGAAAUUGACCAAUUAGAAAAAGUAAAUGAGCUUCAUAAAGAAGAUAUUAAAAUAGAAACCAUGUCACCUAUGUCAAGUCACAGUAUGGAAGUAGACGAGGAGGUUGAAAAAAGAAAAGAAAAUUCAUGUGCGAUGUCACCGGGAACAUUGUUCGAUAUGAAAAUAAGAGAAGAAAAAACGGAGAAAGUUGGUAUUAAAACGUUAUUGCCUGUCCGGCCACCCGUAACACCGGAAGUACAAAGGGUGGACAGAUCGAAGUCUUUAGAUGAUUCGAUGCAUAUUGAAAGAGGUAAAGGACAGAGAAAACGUCAGUUGUCGGAAUAUAGUUCUGAUGCACCGUCUAAAGGGAAAAGGCGGCAUGGUAUGCAAGACAUUGUAGACGAUUACGGAGAUUUAGAUGACAGUGCUGUAGAUGCGGAAGGUCCUACUGCUCUUAUGUAUAGAUACAGUCGUAGGAAAUCCGACUCUAAAAGCGAUGAAAAUAGUCAAAAUAGUCAACUUAAUGAUUCUCGCCUUGAAAAAGGCGACCCCUUUAAAGGGGAUUCUGCAAAAAGAGAUAAUAGUAAUGAUGCAGAAGAAAGCGAGGGAGUUAUGAUGAUGAUUAACGGAGAAAUGGUAAAAGUAGAGCAGCUUCGACGAGAAGAAAUAAUUAACUGCACCUGUGGGUUUAUGGAAGAAGAUGGUUUAAUGAUACAAUGUGACCUUUGUUUGUGUUGGCAACAUGGUCACUGUAAUGCCAUUGAAAAAGAAAAAGAUGUUCCAGAAAAGUAUGUUUGUUAUAUAUGCCGACAUCCGUAUCGUGAACGGCCUUCGAAAAAAUAUUACCACGAUCAAGAUUGGAUAAAGGAAGGCAAAUUGCCAAGCUUAUCUACUCGAACGAAGAAUCAAAAUGCAAUUAACAAAAGAACUGCAAUAUUAAAGCGUUCGUACGAUUUAGUUGCAGCCUUAUUGCAAAUGCAACAGAUUCUCCAUAGUUUGAGGGUGAAAAUUAACGUAGCUCAGAAAAAAGAUCAUCCGAAACUAUAUCUUUGGGCUAAAAAUUGGGAAAAGUUGAAUGUGCCCAAGCCUGAUACGGAACCUGUCCCGGUAAUGGAAGUAAUGAAAACGCCUAUAGAUUCUACCGAUACAAGCUCCGAGACCUCCAGACGUACCGAUAUAAAAAUAGAAACGAAAGCAUCGGUGAAAGAUGAUCACGAUGAUAAAUCGAUAGCCUCUGAUUCGGAAUUAAUGAAAAUUUUAGAAGAAGAUAGCUCGAAUUCGGACGAAUCGAAAGUUAUGUGUAAAAAAGAAGAUUCGAUAAAUUCAAACGGCGGGCAUAUAUUAUUAGACGCGUUAACAAGAAAUGGAAGUCCGGACGAAAAACAAAAAUUAAACCUUGAAAAUGCGAUAGAAAAUAUAAAUACGAAUGGUUCGGAAGAUAACAAAUCGAUAUCUGGAUUGUUUGUGGACAAUCUACAUGGCGAAACUAAUGUACCUGAAAUUGGACAGGAAUUGUCAACUCCGUUGCAACCAUUUAUACCAGAACCAGAAGCACCGAUUGAUUCGGCCGAAUGUCGGAUGAGAUUACUGGAACAUAUUGAACAUUUCCAGAGUCACAUAGAGGCGAGACUAAUAUCUAUAGAAGCUCAAGUUUGCGCUUUGGAAGCUAUGGAUCCUGAUGAGAUAAUACCUAGUCCGGAUGUGCAACCUCGUACGAAGCAAACGGUACAAAUGUUGCUUAGAGAUUUGAACACAGUUCGUAAAUUGGCUGCUUUAUGUUAAAGCAUUCGUUUGUACAAAUAUAAUGUCAUAAGGAUUACUUCUUCGUUAAAAACGUAAUUGCACAAUAAAGUUGCUUUGACCAAUGUAACAUGUACAUAUACAUAUAUAUAAUGUGUGUAUAUGUAUGUGUAUAUACAUACAUACAUACAUACAUACAUACAUACAUAUAUGUAUAUGUAUGUAUGUAUGGAUGUAUGUAUGUAUGUCAUAUAACGUUGCCGAGUAUCGGAAUCGAACAAAUGUGAUGUGAAAUACGUUAAGUUAAAAUUUCGUAAAUUCGUACGUAAUACAUCAAUGCCGUUUUAUGUAUUUGCAUAUUCAAUAGCAAACUAAGUAAAUUGUUGUGAUCAUAGAUCAAUAUAAAAGAAUUAAAUUUCUAAUAUAAUUUUAAUAUAAGAAUAUAAAUGAUAAUAUAAUUAUGUUUAACGAUGUUAAUUUCUACGGAAUUAGUCGCGUAUUUCUCACGACGAUUAUUGUAUCAUUCCGAUCGUAUCAUUAUCGAAUCAGAAAAAAAUUGCUGGAUAUUUUUUCAAGGUAAAUAUCAAAAUAUUUACAAGUAAAGUUAACCGAAACCGAUGUGAUCUUAACGCAUGGACAACAGAUAGAGAAUAAUUAAGUAAAAUAUUAUACGAUUGUUACAUAAGUAGAAUCAAGAAAUAUUUUCAUUGUUGUACUAUUGUUUAGAUCGUCAUAUUAAACUAACACAUUUUUAUUUGUUAGUAAAUAUACGUUCCGCAAGCUCAUAA